CUUCGUCCUCCUCACAUGGGCCUCCUUCUCCAGGUCCCUAACCUCGCCGGCGGCCGGCGCCCAGCCUCCCGCGUCCUCCGGAGCGACCGCAGCGGCAGGUUCAAGGUAUGCGCCGCGGCGCCCGGUGGCUCCGUGAAGGAGGAGGAGGAGAAGGGGACCGGGAAGAAGGAGAGGAUAGUGAUUAGAGUCCUGGACCCCGUGCGAGAGAGGAGGCUGCCGCCGCCUCUGUUCUCGGCCCCAGAGACUCCAGCAGAGUCUCGGGAGGCGCUUCGGCGUCCGGAAGACGACGGGGAAGAGAGGCGGAGGUACUACGUGAACAUGGGCUACGCCAUCCGGACACUGCGGGAGGAGCUCCCCGACGUAUUCUGCGAGGAGCCCAGCCUUGACAUCUACAGAGAAGAUAUUGUCUUCAAAGAUCCACUCAAUAAAUUUGUGGGUAUUGAUAGCUACAAAAGUAUAUUCUGGGCGCUGCGGUUUACCGGUCAAAUCUUCUUCAAGGCCUUGUGGAUUGACAUUGCUACGAUAUGGCAGCCAGUCGACAAUGUAAUUAUGGUUCGGUGGAUUGUUCAUGGCAUUCCUAGAGUUCUACAGAAUGGUCAUAGCCGCUUUGAUGGCACGUCAGAGUAUAAGCUGGAUAAGAAUGGGAAGAUUUAUCAGCAUAAGGUGGACAAUGUUGCUAUGAAUUCACGAAAGAAGUUCAAGAUCUUGCCGAUCGAAGAGCUCAUUAGAUCACUUGGAUGCCCGUCCACUCCAAAACCAACUUGCUUUGAGAUGAUCUCGCUUGUGCCGUUUUGGUUGAGAUGGACUUGGAUGAGAUGAUACAUGUCGUUGGACAUUACGCUGGCAUAUUGAACGAAGUGUUGAUGGACCAGUUCAACCUGAUACCCCCUAAUUUUGCCUUUCUGAUUUUCGGCUAUGUACCUACUUACCAGUGAGCAGUACCUGAUUAUUACUGAUGUAUUUGUGUACAGCAGUAAGUUUUGUUUCAAAGAACAUAACUGUAUAUGCUCCUCCUUGUUUUAGUUACACGAAGCUGUAUUUGACCUUCCCUGUUGAACUGAUAGACCAGCAUGGAAUUCUAUACUUUGUCCAAUAUACCCUGAUUUAUGCA